CCUAUGCUGCUCACACAGAGCGCUUCCCUUCCGCUCACCAGGUACGUGGUGUGAUCCUCACCCUGGUGAUUUUCUGGGACAUCAGAUGGAUCUCCUGCAAUCGAACUCGGUUCUGACACCAUGCAGUGGGGACAGUAAUAGCACCUAGUUUGAAGGCUGUUGUGAGAAGGAAUCAGAUAACACACGUGAGCCCCGAGCAGGUGCUCCGAAGAUAAGACGAACACUUCCAUCAUCCAGUCACUGGUUGACCGGCUGCUAGGUCUGGAGCUUCGGCCCUGCUUUUUUUCCAGGAGAUUCUGGCCUUCCGAUGCCUUAGACACACACAACACACAGCUCAGCAGGGGCGUGUGGGCCAGCCAGGUGGCGCCGUGCAACACGGCUGACUAGAGGACAGUAAGCUGCAGGAGUUCCUGGCCCCGGUAGCUGUGCCAGCAGCUAGUUUGCUGUCUUUGAGUUAUCUGGAUUGUAAAAAGGGGGCUCCAAACAGUCACCCUCUUUGGAAGAGCCCUAAAGAGACCACUGGGCAGUCUAUGCAGCACUCUGGCGCUCUGCUCCUUGGACUCAGGACACUUGGAGCCUCGGCCUCACUAGCUUCCCAGCCAAGCAAACACUUUGGCCAGUCCUGAAAACAGGCUCCGCGGGGUAAAGAUUAUUUCUAGUUGGUUGGUUUCCCAGGGCAUUGUGCUUGGACAGCAACUUCAUUCCAAACCUGCCCAUUCCACAGAAACGCAUGUGAAACAUUGCCCCUGGCUGCUGCAGACAGAGCCGGCGGCACAUGCUGGUCCAGCCAUGCCCACUGUGGAUGACGUGCUGGAGCAGGUCGGAGAGUUUGGCUGGUUCCAGAAGCAAGCCUUUCUGACCCUGUGCCUCCUCUCAACCGCCUUUGCUCCUAUCUACGUGGGCAUCGUCUUCCUGGCCUUCACACCAGACCACCGCUGCCUGAACCCCGGCGUGGCUGAGCUGGGCCGGCGCUGUGGCUGGAGCCUGGCGGAGGAGCUGAACUACACAGUGCCGGGUGCGGGGCCGGUGGGCGAGGCCUUCCCCCGCCAGUGUCGCCGCUACGAGGUGGACUGGAACCAGAGUGCCCUCGGCUGUCAGGACCCACUGGCCGGCCUGGCCGCCAACAGGAGCCACCUGCCGCUGGGCCCCUGCACGCACGGCUGGGUGUACGAUGUGCCCGGCUCCUCCAUCGUGACUGAGUUUGGCCUGGUGUGUGAUGCCUCGUGGAAGGUGGACCUCUUCCAGUCCUGCGUGAAUGUGGGCUUCUUCCUGGGCUCUCUGAGUGUCGGCUACAUCGCAGACAGGUUUGGUCGCAAAUUAUGUCUCUUGACCACCUCCCUGGUCAGCAGCGUCGCAGGCGUGCUCAUGGCUGUGGUGCCAGACUACACGUCCCUGCUGCUCCUGCGCGUGCUGCAGGGCCUGGUCAGCAAGGGCAGCUGGACGGCUGGCUUCACCCUGAUCACAGAAUUCGUGGGCCCGGCCUACAGAAGGACGGUGGCGAUCCUCUACCAGGCGGCCUUUGCGGUGGGGCUCCUGCUGCUGCUGGGGCUGGCCUACGCCAUCCCUCACUGGCGGUGGCUCCAGCUGGCCCUGUCUCUGCCCACCUGCCUCUUCCUGCUCUACUACUGGUGUGUGCCCGAGUCCCCCCGAUGGCUGUUGCUGCAAAAGAGAAACGCCCAAGCAGUACGGGUAAUGGGUCACAUUGCCCGAAAGAAUGGGACCCUGUCUCCUCCUGAUCUAAAGAUGCUCUCUCUCGAAGAGGACGUCACCGAAAAGCUGAGCCCUUCCUUUGCAGACCUGUUCCGCACACCGCACCUGAGGAAGCACACCUUCAUCCUGAUGUACCUGUGGUUCACCAGCGCCGUGCUCUACCAGGGCCUCAUCAUGCAUGUGGGCGCCACCGGUGGAAACCUCUAUCUAGAUUUCUUUUACUCUGCUCUGGUUGAAUUCCCAGCAACCUUCAUCAUCCUCGCCACCAUCGACCGUGUGGGCCGCAUCUACCCAUUGGUCGCCGCAAAUCUGGUGGCAGGGGCAGCCUGCUUCACCAUGAUUUUUAUCUCGCAUGACUUACACUGGUUAAACCUCACAGUUGCCUGUCUUGGCCGAAUGGGAAUCACCAUCGUGUUCCAAAUGGUGUGCCUGGUGAAUGCUGAGCUGUAUCCUACCUUCAUCCGGAACCUCGGAGUGAUGGUGUGCUCCUCCCUGUGUGAUUUGGGUGGGAUCCUCACGCCCUUCUUGGUCUUCAGGCUGGUGGAGGUUUGGCAAGGCUUGCCACUCAUUCUGUUCGAUGUUCUUGACUUAAACAGUAGUGUGCCUCACGCGGUGGUGGGCCUCGUUGCCGGGGGAGUGACGCUGCUGCUUCCCGAGACCAAGGGGGUCGCCUUGCCCGAGACCAUCGAGGACGCGGAGAACAUCUGGAGAAAAGCGAAGCCCAAAGAAAACCAGAUUUACCUCCAGAUCCAAACUUCAAGCCCGCAGGCACCUGAGAGAGAUGCUUCCCUGGACUCCGAGCGGCAGAGAUGAAGAUGGAGUCAGCAUACGGAGGGAUGCUCAAUUUUCUGUCCUCUUCCUCACACUUGCCCGCUUCUGCAUCACUGUCAGUCCUGAAGAACACCCGCUCUGCUUUCUCCCCUCCCCUCCCCUCCCCUCCCCUCUCCUCCCCUCCCCUUCCCUCCUCUUCCUUCAAGUCUCCCAAAGCCCUGGUGACGUUUUAUCUACUUGCCCCUUUCUAGUGAGAGCUGUGUUUGGUUACCAGGUACUUUAUUAUCAAAAGUAUUUUGAAGAUCCAAUAAAACUUAAAUAUUGCUAUAAAAGA